AUGGAUCCUAUACAAGAAUUUGAGCAAAUUUGCGGUUGGCAAUGCCGGGUUCUGAAGCAGUUUGGUAUCUGUGCGUACGAACAGAGUUUCAAACCCUCGGCGAGAAGCGUACUACUCUUGUUACUGAUCAGCUGCUACUUCUUCAUAGCGUUCUACGAUUUGCACCACUUUUUAGGAGAUUUGUUUAGUUUUGCGUUUGCCCUCGUGACGUUGGCCUACGGGUUAAUCGGGAUUAGCCGGGUAGGUCACCUGUUGGCCAAUCCGGCCCGAUUCAGUGAGCUGAUGCACGAAGCUAAGAAAACCUACGAACGAUCAGCGCUUAAUCAACGUGAAGCUAAGAUCCUGAAGCGUUACACCAGUUGGCUCAAACAUUGUGUCAUCUUCUACAGCAUGGCAUUUGUUGCCGCCACUGUCGCUACGGGUCUCUUGCCUACGGUCAUAUACCUCUGGACAGGCCAACGGAACCUACCCUUGGGCAUUGAGUUGCCCUUUUUAGAUCCGGAUUCGUUAAAAGGUUAUCUGCUAAACUACUUGUAUCAGAUUAGUUGCAUGUUGUGGACUCCACCCGCAUUGAUUGCCGUGCAGAACAUGUGUUUUAUUUUGGUUUUUAACGUCUUUAUUCAGUACGAUAUUCUGCUGCUCGGGCUAGAGGAUUUAAACCUGUUGAUUAAGGAAAACACUGAUGGCAAACUAGACUCGGACGUUCACCAGAAAUUGUUGCAAGUACUACAAUACCAUCAGCGCUUGACUAGCUUCAGUGGGGCAAUAGAAAGGAGUUUUUCGGUGCAAUUUUUCGUAGAAAUCUCCUCUAAUGCUUUACAAGUUAUUGUAACAUUAUUUGUGGCGAACACUGCAAAUUGGAUGCCGGGAUAUUUAAUCAUUUUCCUCGCGACCUUUCAAUCCCUCAUGCUGUGCUUUCUCGGAGCGCUGAACGAGCUCAAGAGUGACCAAUUAGUGGCCAAGAUCUACGACGUAGCCUGGUCCGAAAUGCGCCUUCCGGAGCAAAAAUCCAUACACAUUCUGCUGACCAAAUCACAGCAAGCCUCCUUGCUGUCGUGUGGCGGACUGUUGCCGAUGAAUAUGAACCUGUUUUUGAAGGUGGGUUUCUUUUCUGGGGCGAUUAAGGUGAGCGUGCCUACUCGAGUUGAGACUUAUCCCAAGUAA